AUGGGCGAUCUCCUGGUGCCAAGGGUCACGCCAAGCAGGCCGUUUUUGCACACCGGCGUCGACUACGCCGGACCUGUUUGGCUGCGAACGUCGAAGGGCCGCGGACACAAAGCAACUAAAGGGUUCAUUGUAGUCUUUGUCUGUUUAGCUUCCAAAGCCGUUCACCUCGACGCAGCCUCGGACUACUCCGCCGACGCCUUCAUAGCCGCCUUGCGCCGACUCAUCUCCAGGCGAGGUGUCUGCGCCUCCUUGUAUAGUGACUGCGGUACCAAUUUCGUGGGUGCUGACAAGCAGCUUGGCGCUCUCUUCUCCGCCGCCAGUACCGACGGACAUCGCAUCGCCGCAUUCGCCGGACAAGAGAAAAUCCGGUGGCACUUCAAUCCACCGACGGCACCGAACUUCGGCGGCUUGUGGGAAGCCGCCGUCAAAUCUAUGAAGCAUCAUCUGCGACGAAUCAUAGGUGAUGCAACCCUCAUCUGUGAGGAGCUGGCGACGCUGCUCUCUCAGAUAGAAGCUUGCCUCAAUUCUCGAUCUCUCAGCCCUUGUCCGACGACCCAGAGGACGUAG